UUACUGCUAUAUUUGGUGAUCUGUAAAUUGAUGCCUUGUUUUCACUUGUUCAAGACACUUCUGUUGAUAUUUUUCUCUAUUUCAGGAAAAAUUUGACAGUGAUGACAUGAUUGAUCAUAGAGGUCAUGUUCUGCAACAUAUGAGAAAACUUUGGAAUAAUUGGAGAGGAUCAUUGCACAAGAAAAUGAAAUCAAAGUCGUUGCAUGAGGUUCUAAAAGAUGAGCCGGCAGGAGUAGAAAAGAGUGAUUGGCAAUGGUUGGUCAAGGAGCAUUUCUUAUCUGAUAAAUUUAAGGAAGCAAGUACAAGAAACUCAGUCAAUAGGUCUAAGGUAGUUAUGCCUCAUCGUACGGGUAGCAAACCUUAUAGAGAGAUUAAUUACGAAAUGGUAAGUAAAUCGUGUAACCCUAUGAGGAAAUCUCUUACUAAUAUUGAGGUAGUGGAAAGGUGCUUUGGACCUCAACGCAAAAGUCAUGCAGUUGGAUUUGGGGGUGGGAUAACCGCUAAGGAGUUGAAAGGUGGUGCCACCUCAAAGGCUGCAUUGUUGGAAGAGCUUAAAACAACUAAAAAAGAAAAGGAAUCACUACAAAAGCGCAUGGAUAUUCUGGAGAGUAAAUAUGAACAGCUUGAACGUAUAUUGGUUCGUCAGCCUUCAUCACCUCCACUAGAUCAAGAACUUGAAGAUUGAAGAAAUGUCCUCGAGCAAAGUGCAGAGCAAGUUGAAGCGCAUUAUGUUUAUUUUUUAUUAGUGUUGGUGCAGAGACGUCAUUUGUACAUAUGCUACAAUUUCCUUUUCUCAAUUUUUAGGAUUUGAUGGAUUUAUUUUGUUGGACGUAUAUAAGUUUUUCAGUAAUUAAUGUGGUGUUUAGGUUUUUGCA